AUGCUGCGUGUCAAGGCGUCGUUGUCCGUCGCCGGCGUCGACUUCCAGGUCGAUUCAACACUGUUAUGGGGCGGUCAAUCAAGAGUGGUACCCGACGAGCAAAACACGGAACAACUUACAUUUUCAACACCGGUCCGCCGCUGGCAGAGGCUUGUCGCUGUCGCAAACAGCUACGUGUCAACGCAUAUCCAUGUCGAACAGCGUAUUACUUACCUGCAAGUGUCCUACAAAACAUACACUCGUAUCCCGCGGCGUCUUGAUGGGUAG